CUGAUACAGAAGUACCAAAAACUCCCAAACCCAAACCCUAAUCCUACUCCCAAUCUCGGCCUCCGAAGCCAACGUGCUUUUUUCCCUCCCCUACUACCCCCCUCCCUCUCUCUAAUAAUACACUCGGGCACGCCCACGCCCACGCUGUGCAAUACCCUUCCAACAAGGUUCUGUUGUUAUUUGAUCGAACGAUAGCUGCCGUCGGAUCUGCUAUUAUUCAGAUCUGGGACGAUAGGCUCUAGAUUCCGUCUGUACGCGCCCUGAUCAGAACCACACGCGCCGAGAUCUGACCCACACCAACAUGGUCGUUCAUGGCCUGCCAUUGAAGCGGAUGAAGAGGCGAGUCACGGCUGACCUGUUCGACUUCCUGACGUUCCCUCCAUCCUGCUCCUCCGGCGAGUCUCCAUUCCCCAUCGGUCCCUUUAGGACCAGCGUGAAGGCAUUUUUGUCAAAGCACGCGCUGUUGCAACCUCCGUCCUCACUUUUCCCUCACCUGCUGACGUGGCAGAUCCUGUUUAAAGUCGGUGAACUCACCGACGGUCCGGACUCAUUGCCGUCGGUGGUCUGCCUCGAUGUUGUGGAAGAGGACGUCGUCAGAUCUAGAUCUGUCUAUUGCGACCAGUGCCGUGUCGUUGGUUGGAGUGAUAAUCCGGUGUGUGCAAAGCGCUACCAUUUUAUAAUCAAGGCAUAUGGUAAUUCCAUUGGUGGGCAAAACAAAUCAUGUGUUGGCUGUGGUGAUGUCCUCCAUUCAUCUCAGUCAAGGUGCAAGUCAUGCAACCAUGUGAUAACCACAGAAGAUGUUGAAGACUGGAUGCAUAACCAGUUGGAUGACACUUCUCAUCUUUUACAUGGUGUGGUCCAUGCAAAUGGUUAUGGGCACCUUCUCAGAGUCAAUGGAAGAGAAGGUGGCUCUAGGGUACUUUCUGGAUGUAACAUCAUGGACUUCUGGGAUCGGCUAUGUAUAAUACUUGGAGUUAGGAAGGUUAGUGUGAUGGAUGUGUCAAAAAAGUAUGGGUUGGAGUUUCGGCUACUUCAUGCCAUCACCAAAGGUCAUACAUGGUAUGGUGAUUGGGGUUAUGAGUUUGGUGCUGGCAGUUUUGCUCUAACCCAAGAUGACUAUAAAACAGCUGUUUCAAGCCUUUCCGAUCUGCCUUUGUCCCUCUUUUUGUCUCAGGGACGGAAACCCCGAACUCGGCUGCAGGAUUUGAUAUCAUUUUAUCAGUCCUUAUCGGAGCACGGGCUUGUUAAUGUCAGAGAUCUCUUCUGUUUCCUGAUGACUUUGAUUCAUGAUUCCCACAAAUAUCCGUUAAGUACUGAUGAUGCCAUCUGCAAAAAGCGUCGAUCUUCUGUUUCAAACAUCUUGUGUGCAUGGACCACCAGAGAUAUUGUACACGUAGAAGCAGCAAUGGUUAGAGUAUUACGGGCUGUUACCGGGCCUAACUGGGUGAGUUGGCGUGCUCUUAGGGGUGCUGUUUGCAAAGUGGCCCCUCCGGAGCUCUUGGAUUACUGCCUCAAGGAACUCAAGGGGAAACAGGCUGUUGAUGGAAUGGUUAUUAAUGCUCGUUGUGCUCCAGAUUCAGGUGCUAUGGAGUACAGACUCGAGCCAGGAAGUGUGCCCCCCCUGGUUGGAAGUACGUCAAAUGACAUUCCGUCUGUUCCAAACUGCCCAUCUGAAGAACACCUUGUGCGGGAUCUGAGGUACUUGUACGAAUUCUUGCUUCACCCUCAAACCAUGCUAAGCAAUGUUCCUCAGGCAACAAGGGAUCUAGCAAUCAGCUCAGCAACAAAGCUUCUCGAUUGCAAGCAGUUUAUGAAAGACUACCGGCCUGAAAACAUGAUACGUGGGUCAAACCCAUUUAUGAUACAGCUCUCAUGUGAGGUGGAUGUCAUGGACCACUGUGAAGAAUAUGCUGUGAAUCCACCUUUCGAAAUUAUUAUGUUAUCCGCUAAUGCUACCAUUUCUGAUAUUAAGCUCGAAGCAUCAAAGGCCUUUCAAGAAGUAUAUUUGAUGUUUAGAAGAUUUCAAGCAGAAGAGCUUUUUGGUUAUGGCAGUGUUGAUGAAUCCACCCAAAUCAGUCUUUUGCUAGGGUCAACCAAAUUGGUCAAAGUUCGAGGGAGAUGCCUUGGGAAAAAUGGGUUAUGUAAAUUCAGAAUGGAGAGGGGAGUUGAGAGAUGGACAGUGGAGUGCAGUUGUGGGGCCAAAGACGAUGAUGGAGAGAGGAUGCUGGCUUGUGAUGCCUGCGGUGUGUGGCAACACACCAGAUGUGCUGGGAUUUUGGACUUUGAUGCCGUUCCUGCUAGGUUUGUUUGUCACAAAUGCUGGUGCACGGAUCAAAUGACAAAAGCUAAUGGGCGCUGCAUGGAUGAGACAGUGGGUUCCAGUGGUGUGGGUGUGGCUUUGGGAAGAUAUUGAAAGAGUGUGAUGUGCCCUGGGAUUUUGAACUCUGUAAAUGGCUUUCUUUCUUAUAUAUUUUUUUUUUGGCUGGAGAGGUGUUCUCAGGUCUAAAGGAAUGUGUAUAUAUAUAGACCGGGCCUUGAUUUCAUCGGCGCAUUUCUAGUUGGUUUUCCCAAUCAUUAAGCUUUGUUGCUAUUGUACAUUACCUUUUUUUGCUAAAUGUGUGGUUGCCAACCCAAACGGAAAAAAUGAAAAAGGAACAAGAAUGGAUGGAGAAGAGGUUGGACAAACAGGAAAUAUGUGGUGAUGCUGCAUCAAUUUGUUUGGUUGUCUUCGUUCAUGUUGUCAUCUUGUUGAUAUGUCAAUUUUGUUAUUGG